AUGGCAUCUCCAAACCCCAAAGCCAAGCACGUAGCAGUCCUGGGAGCAGGCAUAACAGGUCUUCAGACAGCCCUCUAUCUCCUCGAUGCGGGAUAUCAAGUCACCAUCAUCGCAGAGUAUGUUCCUGGAGAUGAGAGUGCGCAUUAUGCUUCACCCUGGGCCGGAGGGCAAUGGCGGAGUCACGCCAAGGCACACGAGACGGAGUUGCAAGGGUGGGAUGCAGAGACGUAUAAGGAAUGGAUGGAUAUGGUGAGGAGAGGGAAGGGGACAGAGGUUGGAUUAGGGGUGAGUUGA